CGCGGUCUCUUCAGUCUGCAGCUGCUCCGCUGCGAUGAGGCAGUCCCGGUGGUAACGACUUAUACCGGAAGGACAGGUGUUGUGGAUGAGUUUACCGGGGGAUCGUGCACGAUGCAGCUGAGCGCCGUUAAGAUGGAGGGACACGAACACGCGGAGUGGAGCGGCGGCAGCUACUACGGAGAGACCGAGUGUUUCCCCGCCGUCAGCAGCCUGAGCGCCGGUCUGUCCAUGAACUCUAUGAGCGGCUACAUGAGCGCGCCGGGCAUGACCAGCAGCGGACACAUGAACGCUCAUUACAUGACCCAGGCCGGGGUCAGCCACUCCCCGAUGCCCGGCGGGGUGUCGCAGAGCCCCGGGGCCGGAUCCGGGAUGACCGGCCUGGUGAGCCAGCUGAGCCCGCCUUCUUAUGGGAACAUCCAGAUGCUGAGCCCGGUGUACGGAGCGGCCUGCGGGGUCGCACCCAGGGAGCCCAAACCGCCGUACAGGAGGAGCUACACGCACGCGAAGCCCCCGUACUCCUACAUCUCCCUCAUCACCAUGGCGAUACAGCAAUCGGGAAGCAAGAUGCUGACGCUGAACGAGAUCUACCAGUGGAUCAUGGACCUGUUCCCGUUCUACCGGCAGAACCAACAGCGGUGGCAGAACUCCAUCCGACACUCGCUCUCCUUCAACGACUGCUUCAUCAAGGUGCCCCGCCUGCCGGACAAACCGGGGAAGGGCUCCUUCUGGGCGCUGCACCCGGACUCCGGGAACAUGUUCGAGAACGGGUGCUACCUGCGCAGACAGAAGCGCUUCAAGAUGGGGAAGAGGGCCGCGGCAGGGGGCGGCGGGGAGGAGGCGGGGAGGAAGAAGGAGGGCGGCGGCGGCGGCUCGGUGACAUCCGGCGGCACCGUCCCAGACUCCCCCCACUCCUCCUCACCUCACUCCGCCUCCCCCCCCUCCCCCUCCUCCCCUCCGCCCUCCGACGUCAAGACAACCGUCCACCAUCACAAACUGUGCCCGCCCAGCCCCGCGCGCGUGCCCUCCCCCCUCGCUCACACGCAGCACCUCUACUCCCACCAUCACCCCCUGCUGCUGCACGACGCCUCGCACCUGAAACCGGACCCCUACCAUUACCCCCACCCUCAUCAACCCCACCACCAGUACUCCUUCAGCCACCCCUUCUCCAUCAACAACCUCAUGUCGGAGCCGGCGGUGGGUCAGUACGGAGGUUACUCCUGCCCGGUGUCCGGGGCGCUCGUGGCGGGCAGAGCGGGCCUGGACCCCGGUCACAGCGAUGGCGGCUACUACCGCGGAGUUUACAGCAGAACCGUCAUGAACACCUGA